AGUUAAAAUGUGUCCGAAUGUCGAAAUAUAGUGGUCUUAUCUUUACGUUUGCCUUGAUCAAACCAGUUGAAUUGAGUUGACAAAAUUGACAACAUAUCAAAUUUUAAAAUGAGAUUUUGUGCAAUAUUCAUCGUGACUUUUUCUAUAUACUUUGUACUAGCACAGUCCUGUACGCAAGAUUCGGAUUGCCCAGGCGGAUGUUGUUACUCUGACCGGCUACAUGGAGCCAAAUGUCACCAGUUUCAAAACGAAUCACAAGGAUGUCACCUCCCAAAUCAUAACCACACAGUGAUGCUGUAUCCAUGUGGUUGUAAACAAGGUCUAACAUGCGAUGAGAUCCAUUUCACUCCCGGAUUAGGAGGUGACCCCGUUCAUCAAGCAGAGCUGCUUUUACUUGGACAUGGCUAUGGUAUUUGUACAAGUACUCCAGGACAAGUAUUCGGAUGAAUUUAAUAAGAAAUAAAAGUUAAAAGACUUUUUA